AUGAGAGAGAGUACGAGAGAGUACGAGAGAGAGUACGAGAGAGAGUACGAGAGAGUGUACGAGAGCGAGUACGAGAGAGAGUAUGAGAAGAGUACGAGAGAGAGUACGAGAGCGAGUACGAGAGCGAGUACGAGAGCGAGUACGAGAGAGAGUACGAGAGAGAGUACGAGAGAGAGUACGAGAGAGAGAGAGUACGAGAGAGAGUACGAGAGAGAGUACGAGAGAGAGUACGAGAGCGAGUACGAGAGAGAGUAUGAGAGUGAGUACGGGAGAGAGUACGAGAGAGAGUACGAGAGAGAGUACGAGAGAGAGUACGAGAGAGAGUACGAGAGAGAGUACGAGAGAGAGUACGAGAGCGAGUACGAGAGAGAGUAUGAGAGUGAGUACGGGAGAGAGUACGAGAGAGAGUACGAGAGAGAGUACGAGAGAGAGUACGAGAGAGAGUACGAGAGAGAGUACGAGAGAGAGUACGAGAGCGAGUACGAGAGAGAGUAUGAGAGUGAGUACGGGAGAGAGUACGAGAGAGAGUACGAGAGAGAGUACGAGAGAGAGUACGAGAGAGAGUACGAGAGCGAGUAUGAGAGAGUACGAGAGAGAGUACGAGAGCGACAUCAGUACAGUCACUCUCCUUUUCAAUUGGUCCUUCGAGCCGGAUUCCAGAUUGCUGUGAAGAUGCAAAACCCUGAGUCAGAAGCAAGUAACCUCCGACCUGUAAGACGGACUUCAGUGCCCGCUCACCUGGCAGAGUAUGAUCUCAGUGGACCAGGGGCCCAGAGCCAGUUCAAGUCAGCAUCCAGAGCCACGGGUCUUCCACAGAGAGAGCAUUCGCCGCCAAGAUCCAUAUCUCCUAUCAGUCAGAACUUUGAAGGUAUUGAUGAAGUACAGGAGCCAGAGCUCUCCAGUUCUCCAGCUCGAGCCACAGGAGGACAGGAGACCACCUGCAUCCCAGAGUUAAGUGCUGCCCUCAUAGAGAUGCGUCGGGACAAUGCUGAGCUCCGUACCCAGUUCCAGAGCCUGAUGACUGCAUUCCAAGCCCAGUCCGCAGUCCACCAGCCUCUUUCCCAGUUACCUCGCAGUGCAGAUUGUGGUAACUAUGUACAACGCUCUCAGCUCCAAACCCAAGUUAAUGCUCCAGCCUGCCAACCACUAUAUUAUUCCAGCCCCCGGGAUAACAUAGCACAAGUUUUCUCCAGAUUGGACGUCUCCCAAGUGCCUGGAGCUCUGCCUAACCCCCCGUACUAUGCAGCCACUCCCCAGCAAAGUGUUCCCCGUGCAGACCUGUAUGGGCAGAGAUCUCAAGCUCACUCUUACAACCAAGUAAGUGAUGCACAGAACGGCACUCCAUAUACAGGCAGUUACCCCUCAUACACUCAGAAUGCCUAUGCGCAUAACCCACAGAGGGAGCGCACAUAUAGGGGACCAAAGCCCACAAUCCCAUGCCUCACUGCACCAAACCCCAGAGAGUUCUCCAGGAUGAAAGUGGCACUAGAGAACCUCCUACCGGAAGACGCCACAGAGCGGUACAAAUACCAGAUCCUCACAGACCACCUUAAGUGUGAGGAAGCCUCACUUGUGGCCGAUUCGUACUGUAACUCUAUGCAGCCAUACACAGACACCAUGCAGGCUCUAACCAAAAUGUAUGGACAGCCCCACAAACUGGCUGUGCAGCGCAUCGCAGAGCUCAUGGAUGCUCCCAAUAUCCGCAGUGGGGAUGUGAGUAGCUUCCGUCUCUUUGCGCUCACUGUGCGGUCUUUAGUUGGCAUGUUACAGCAGCUGGGGCAGAGAGGCCAGAUAGAGCUAAUAUGUGGCUCACAUGUGUCACGCUUACUGAGUAAACUCCCGCAUGACCUUAAUGCUAACUUCAAGAGGUUCAUUCACCCACUCAGAGUUGCCAUUCCCACCCUAGUUGAUUUUGCGGAUUGGCUCGAAUAUGAGUUGGAGGUACAGGAAGACUGCAUUAAGCCCACGAAGAGAGAGGAUUGGUCCAAUAAGAAAGCAGAGACCAAGCGCCCUCAUAAAUCCUCCACUAAGUCUGCAUCAGUCCUUCUGAGCACAGAGAAAGCCCCAGCACCACAGUCAGCCUUAACCCCUGCACCAGACCACACAGCCAACCAACCAAAGAGUGCAGAUAAGAUGAGAGCUUAUUGUCCCUACUGCGACCAUGACAAGCACUUUUUGAAUAAUUGUGCCAACUUUAAAGGCCUGAGCAAAGAGCAGAAGGUGGCAUGGAUCAAAGUUAACAAUAAGUGCUGGCGCUGUGGUCGUAAUCACCAGGCUGCAAAGUGCACACUCAAAGCCCCAUGUAAAACAUGCAAUCGGAGACACCUGUUAGUGCUGCAUGAGGUCAAUGAGAGGUCAGAGGAGGAACGGGUACCCGCUACACCCCCCACAGAGAGCUGUCUUGUAAACACCACCAAUAAAGUUAUGUACGUUGAUCGCCCAGUAUACAACUGUAAAGUGCUGCUGAAGAUAAGUAAGGUGGUUCUGAGAAAUGGAGACCAGUGCUUGGAAACAUACGCUGUAUUGGACGACGGCUCUGAGCGAACCAUUCUCCUCCAUUCGGCAGCUAAACAGUUGGGCCUCAAAGGCAGUAAAGAAGUGUUAGCCCUCCGCACCGUCAAACAAGAGGUGGAGAGGCUUCAUGGAGCAUCAGUGUCCUUCUCUAUUUCUCCAGCUGGCAACCCAGAGAAGCAUCAGUACAGUCACUCUCCUUUUCAGAGAGAGUACGAGAGAGAGUACGAGAGAGAGUACGAUAGAGAGUAUGAGAGCGUCUGA